UUUGUUAAUAAUAAUUAUUGAUCAGACAGGUUAAGUGUAAGAAAGGGCCAUGAGGCCCUAACUUUGCCUGUUUAAAUAAAGGAAUUUUCAUUUUCAUUUUCAAAAAAAAAAGUCAAAAACAGAAAAAACAUUUCGAAUUGACAGUUACUGUCAUUUUUAUAGUGAUGCCCUUCUGCUAUUUGUUAUAUUUAUUUAUUUAAUGUGGUGUUUGAAAACAAAUACAAUUUCAUUUUUCUAUUUCUUCAUGUAGUUUUAUUUUUAAUGCUAAUUUUAUUAAUGGCUAUGUCAUUGACGAGAACUACUAAAGUGAAUCAAUCCAUGAUUUGGAUUGGGUUACUUGUGUUGUAGGCCUACCAAUUUUAGAUGAUAUUAAUAUCUACCACUAGAAUGUCCAUCGUGGCGCGUGCUAAAAUGUCUCAAAAUGAUAAGGUGCAGUGUUUUAAGUGUGGUAAGACAGAAAGCCUCAUGUGGCACCGGAAUGACAAGGACAUUAUGUGUAAUGAUUGUAAUGAAAGUGACAAAACUGUAAAAGUGGAAGAAGAUGAAUUGAAGCAAACGGCAACAUUAGAGAAACCCAAAGCUUCACCAAGAAGAAGCACUAAAUCUACUAUGAAUUAUAAAACUAGACAAAAUCCCAAUGCUCUACCCAAGCAAGUUGCUCUUAAAGGAAAAGGUAAGAGAAAUGUUUUCAAGAAAUCAACGCCUAUAAAACUUCAGAAAUCUAAAUCGUGUUUUACAACUGUAAGUUGGGCCCUUCAUAAGGGCACAUUAUACAGAAUAGGAGAUAUAGUUUCUGUGAAUGAUGAAGAGGGCGAUACAUACUAUUGCCAGAUCAAAGGAUUGAUGAUGGAUGAAUAUUGUCAAAAGAGCGCCUCCAUAACUUGGCUUAUUCCUACCUAUGAUGAUUCUCCAUAUGUCAGGGAGGGCUUUGAUGCACUUACAUUCGUAGCUGGUCCUGAUGACGAUUUGCCUAGGAAUCUAGAUUGUUUUGAGUUUGUCAUGCAUGCUCCAUCGGAUUACUUCAAAGCCAAUAGCCCUUUCCCUACAGGAUUGUCACAGCCAAAAGGAUCAGGGUAUAUUUGGAGACGCCUUGGAAGAUAAGUCGGAGUAAAUCUUAUUUCUACAUACUUUUAAUACAUGUUUUCAUUCUUUUUCAGAGUGCUUAAAUAUAUAUGUACUAUCUCAAUCUCAUGAAACAAUCCUAAAUAUAUCCUAUAUUUUGGGUAGACUUGUAAGCGGACUAGACUCGUUAUUCGAUUGUUAUUGAACGAUUUAGUAUAUUACCAAACAUAGUUUUUAUAUAAUAAUUAUAUAACACGAAUAAUAGUACAUUAACAAUAAUAAUAACACAUUACGAUCACAAAAGCAAUUAAAAAAUAGCAUUAUAAAUAAUCAACUAUAACGUAGGCUUACAUGUCAAGAGAUACUGGCUGCAGUACAAUAAGUGGCCACCACAACAUGAUUAUCGAAUCAUGGGUAUUCAUGAGUAUCGUGUCCUAGAUAUCCAUGUCUGUCUGAAAGUACUGAAAACAGAAUGUCAUCAAUGUACGUAAUAGGCAUUUUAAAUAACAAUAUAGUUCCAAUACAGACGGGCAGUGUUAGUGUUAGUAACUAGUUAUUCAGUGGUAAUAGUUAUUCAGUGAUAAUCUAUUACCAGUAUAUUAUUUCAGUAACAGCUGGGCUGAAUGAUGUGGUGUUUUCAUAACGACUUUCUGGUUUUAGGUUACACAGGUUUUAGUAAACAGUUCUACCCGCAGCCAUUUCAUACAAGUAAUGAGACUAGGAGUGGAAAUAUUACACUAUGGAAAGUUAUUGUGCGAUAUUGUAAGUAGGUUUAGAUCAGUUUAUCAUAAACAUGUUUCUAGCGUCAAAGAUGAAAGAUAACAUAUAUAAACCUAUUACCUAUUAUCUUUAUUAUUUAUUAAGAUUACAUAUAUUAUAUUACCUAUUACCUUUAUUUUUGUAUAUGUGAGAAAUAAAGUUUCUUUCUUUCUGUAAGCUUUACAAGCGAUCACUUAAUCUGAGCUUGAAUUUGAGUCCUAUCUCGAGGGAUGUUUUUUUUUUAUUGGCAUAAGUACGGGGUGACCACCAAAGCCCACACUGAUGACUAAGGGCAUUUCUGGUUAGUACUUUCCUCACCUCAAAUUUAACUGUGAAAUAAUUUAGUGCAAUAAUGUCGAACUUAUGUUUUAGACUUUUAAGAUUAUAUUAGAGUUAAGCUAUAUUUUUAUACACAAACAAAAUAUAUACAUUUUAGAUUAUAAAAAAACACAACUUUAUUGAUUUUUUUAUACACAAAAGAAAUAUAUACAUUUUAGAUUAUAAAAAAAACACAACUUUAUUGACACUAAGUUUGAGUCAGCGUAGUACUUAAAUAAUUACUUUAUAAGGUAAACAUGUCUGUCAGCAUUUAAAUCGUUCUAAUCGAUAGUUUGGUCAUUCGAGUGUUAAUAUAUGAGUAUGUUGGUGACCGCUUAUUAUACUGCAGCCGAGAUAUUUUACAAUACUCAGAGCUGGCCAGGAUAGCAGUGAGGAACCGCUUUUUUGAAAUGGAGGAAAGGAUUUUACCCAGACAGGCACAUUUCUCUGCGGUAUAUAAACCACAAAGAUAGUCUCUUAGACAGUCUGCUGGUAUUCUACUCUCCAACCUCUGUAACUGUUCGAGAAGAACUUUCACUUUCAUAUUUAUCGCCUUUUUUGAAAUUCUAAAAAUAUUAGUUAUUUGUUGUUUUUAUGUUUACAUUAAAUAUUAUUAUAAGUUAAUUUAAUAAUAAGUUAAAGUCAUAUUUGAAUUUAAGUAAGUUGUAAUAUCUAACUUAAUUACUCAUUUUAUAGAAAGAUUGAAACAUUUGAUAAAAACAACCGAAUAAUGAGUGUGGGCUGCUUAUUUAAGUUUACCUUCUAUUUUAUUUAGGAGGAAUAUAUUUUGUAAACUGCUGGUGACAGUUUUUAUGUUGGUAACAUAUAAGCCCAAAGAAGCUAAUUAUCUUUGGUUCUUAUACUUCUGGUACAUGUUUUUAAAUUUAUAUAAGUUGCUUUUUUCAAUGUUUAAGCUUUUUGUAAAACUAUUAAACUCUACACCCGUCA